AUGGCUGUUGUUGACGCAGAAUGCAAAUUUACCAUGAUUGACGUUGGGGUAUAUGGAAAAAAUAGUGAUGGUAGCAUAUUUGCUAAUUGUAAUUUUGGUAAAAGACUUAAAGAAGGGCAAUUAGAUUUUCCUGAAGACGCACCAUUACCCGGCACAGAAGAGCCUAUGCCUCAUGUAAUUGUAGGGGAUGAAGCGUUUCCUCUUCAGAGAAACCUUAUGAGACCUUAUCCUGGCAAUGAGCUAAUAAAUAAUGAAGACAAAAAAAUAUUCAAUUUGAGAUUAAGUAGAGCAAGAAACACAAGUGAAGACGCCUUUGUAAUUUUAAGUAAAAGAUUCCGUGUAUAUCAGAGAAGACUAGAGGAGUAUUGGAAGAUGAAGUUUGCUUCUUCAAGUCCUCAAAAUAAUGCUCUUCAAAAUUUAAUGCAUGUUGGAGGUGCAUUUGCUGGAAGUAGUUAUUCAACAAGGGAGAAGUUCAAAAAUUAUUUUUCAUCACCAGAUGGAUCAGUAGAGUGGCAAGUUCGAGCAGUUCAGCGGGGAAGACAAUACAAUUGA